AUGGAACUAUCGUUAUAUUUUAAGGUUAACGUAUUAUACUUCAACUUAUCGGGGGUACACCAACACGGCUCCAGUAGUUUAGGUUCCGGGCACUUGACUGAUAUCAUCGAUGCGACCAAAAAGAAGACCUCCUGUUUGGGUGGGGAUCAGCCCACCUCUGAAAACUGUCUAUACGUCAACAUAUGGGCGCCCCAUAACAUCACAACUUUAAAACCUGUUAUGUUUUGGAUAUAUGGCGGAGGUUUCAGAGGGGGCUCUAUAUUCUCGGACAUGUAUAACGGCAAGUCGUUGGCCUCCUAUGAUGUCGUGUAUGUGGCCGUGGAUUACAGGUUGGGCUCAUUGGGCUUCCUAUACGGUGGCGAUGAUGAGGAGACCCCCGGGAAUCUGGGACUUUUGGAUCAACUCGAGGGGUUAAAAUGGGUGCGAGAAAACAUUCAUCUGUUUGGUGGAGAUAAGGAUAAGAUAACGAUAUUCGGUCAGAGCGCCGGUAGUAUCUCAGUAUCGGCUCUUGUAUUAUCUCCACUGGCGAAAGGGCUGUUCGCGAGGGCUAUACUAGAGUCUGGCGCUCAGCUCCACAACCGGAAGGAAACUCAUACUAAAGCCCAGGCAUUAGUCGAGGCCAAGGAAAUGGCCAAACAUUUCAAGUGUACGGACGAUAAGACGUGGUUAGAGUGCCUGCGAAAGGUUGACGCGAAUGAGAUCCACGCAUACACUCAGCUAACUGUAGGUCCCCUCGUGGGCACCGCCUAUUUGCCACUCACGGCACAGGAGGCGUUCAAAGAUGGAAAGUAUAAUACAGAUGUGGAUCUGAUCGCUGGUGUAACCCGUAAUGAGGGCUCAUCUCAAAUCAAAGGCAAUAUGACUGAAGAGGUAUUCAUUAAUGCCAUCAAAGGACGCAAUUUUGGUGACAUUAGUUUGGGUGAAGUGUUGGCCUUUUAUCUCAAAGAUGUUAAAAAGGAUGACUACGCGGCCUAUCGGUGGGCAUACUAUGACCUGAAUGGCGAUAUGGGUCUGAAGUGCAGUACAUAUCUCUUCGCCAAACAAGUGGCCCAACACUCGACCACAAGGAAUGUCUACUUCUAUGAACUCACGUAUCAAAGUGGCGGUCAUUUGCAGGGAUGUGAUGAGCAGACAAUGGGUAUAUGCCAUGGAUCUGAUCUCGAGUUCGUGUUCUACAGGACUGGUGCCACCCCUCAACUUGACCUACCAUUCAGUAAGGAAUGGAUGAGCUAUUGGACUAAUUUCGCAAAAACUGGUGUUCCCACGACUGACGCCAAAUGGCCUAAACUUGUGAACAAAGCCGAAGAAUACAAGAUAUCGAGGUUUAAGGACAUGAAUCCAUACGACUUCAGCAAAAUCCUGGUCGACCCCUUUAAGAGGGCUUGCGAUGAGUUUUGGGGAAAAUAUUUUGAAUAA